CAGACAGAGCCAUGUCUGACAUCCACGCUGACUGAAAGAAGGAAGGACUGAUACAAAGCCAGUGCGUCCGAGCAGAAGAGAAAAAGGGGAAGGAGGGAGGGAGGAGAAUGCAAAAAAGGCCGGCAGAGAAAAAAGGCUAAAAAGAUGCACAAGAGCUGCAUCAGUUCUCGUCUGCAAGGAACAAAAAACAUUGUGUUCGUGAAUGGGAGCUGGUGAGCUCAGGCACAGGGCGAGUGCAAUGAGAAACCAGGCAGACUUCAGUCUCUGCUGUUGCUGAGCACCCUCUCUCCCUCUGUCUCUCUACUGCCAGCUAGGACUGAGCCUAGUGUGCGACGUGGAGACGACUCUGGUCGCCUGCUUACAGGGCUGCUCCCCUCCCUGCUGUCUGAGCCUGUUUGGGCUAUGGUCCUGACUGAGAAGCAGAGCAUCACCCAGAUGCGGGGCUGCAACUGUAUGGGAGGUUAAGCCAGUAAACACCAGCAUGGGAGGCAAACAGAUGAAAUGCCUGAGCUCAGCCAGCCCUGCUCACUCCCCCAAAGAGGAGUAUGUUAUCACCCAGUGCGCUGACACCCCUAAAGAAGAAGCACUCCAUGAUCAGUCUGAGGACCAAGGCGAACCUUGGGAUGACAAAUCUGAGCUGACAGAGAAGAAAUAUGUCACAGAGGAUGUGUCGCUGUGCGGACUGUGUCCCUCCCUCGGGCACAAUGUGCAGGAGGAAGAGAAAUCCUGGGAGGAGCAGCUGGACGCCCACCAGGAGCAGCUGGAGAAGGAGAUGCAGGAGGCCAGGAGGAUGGUGUUCCGCCUACAGUCGUUGCUGCUCCAUGGCUCCCUCCCAGAAGAGGACCAGGAUGGAUCUGUGAGCAUGGGAGACAGCCGGGCUAGUGCUGAACAGCAGCUGGUUCUAAUCCGCAGUCGCCUGGACCAAAGUGUGGAGGAAGGCCUUGAUCUAAAGAGGGAACUCUUAAGAAACAAACAGGAGGCACGCCACCUUCAGGCCAUCAAGGAUGCUCUGCAGCAGCGCCUGGCAGUGCAGGAGGACGCUGUGCUGCAGCUGAAGCAGGAGCUGCUGAGAUGCAACAUGGCCAAAGAUCAGCUGGAAGGGGAAAAUGCGGAGCUCAAACACAAGUUGAGUGACCGGAACAAAUUGCUUGGUGAAUAUGAGCAGCAGCUCGGUAGGAAAGACAGAGUACUGCAGCAGCAGCAGAAGCUUGAUGACGCCCAACGUAAAGCACACGAAGUCAGCCAUGGACGGUCAUUCAGGAGUGAAAGCGAUGGUUACAGUAACUCCGUGGUUUCUACAUCUCCUGCAGUAUUCCAACACACUUCCCCAGGGGAGGAGCUGCAGCUGGUCCGAGAGGCCCUGCGUAGUCUGAGGGACGGUUUCUCUGGCCAUGACCCCCAACACCACACGCUGGACACGUUGGAGCAGGGGGUGAGCAGCCUCAUGGACCGGGUACACACUCUGGACAGCCAGCGCAGACAGGACCGAGGGGUACUUACUCACACACACCAUGAGGAAUUGAAGUCCCCGGGACGCAGAGCCACCUCGACAGAGCGGGAUUCCUGGCCGCAGAGCUCAAAAAUGGCACACUCACACAGCAGCCCUGGACUGGACACCGCCAUCUCCACUAAAGUGCUCUACUUCACUGAUCGCUCGCUCACUCCGUUUUUGAUUAACAUCCCCAAAAGGCUGGGUGAAGUGACACUGCGAGACUUCAAGGCCGCGGUGGACAGACAAGGCAGUUUCAGAUAUCACUUCAAGGCCCUCGACCCGGAGUUUGGCACAGUGAAAGAGGAGGUAUUCCAGGACGGAGCAGUCGUGCCGGGCUGGGAAGGGAAGAUUGUAGCGUGGGUGGAGGAGGACCACGGAGAGAAAAGGUAGAGCCAAAAGCCACAGAACACCACUACAAACCUCAGUUGUUGCCACUGGACCAGGAUCUCACUGAGAGCACUUGUGAUGCCAUAAUAGAGAAUACUAAUAAUACAAUUAACUUGGACCAAUGGGUUUAACACCAGUACGAUACCAUGUUUUAAAUGUGAAUGUUUCAUAUGAAUAAUCUGUUCUUUGACAUUUAGUAGGCCUACCACCUUUUUUGAUUUUGAAGGUAUGAAUAUUAUACAUUUUUGCUGUUUCUAAAUGAAUUUGUAAGACUAAAAAUGUAUGGUCAUGUAAGUGAUGUGAACCAUGAAUAUGUAAUAUGAAAGAUUGCUUUUUUUAAUUUACAAAUAACACAUCAGGACCGGUGCUCUUAAAAGCUGUAAACGUGCAUAACAUGCAAACCUUAAAAUAAAAAUGUUUACUGACAUUUUCCACACGUUCCAGAUUGCCAAAUAGUGUUGUUGAUGUUCUGCACUUUUGAUGUUUUAAUAAACAUGAAUUAUUGCAGCAUGGAUAAUUUUGUUGUCAAAUA